AUGGGCGUCUGUGCUUCCACUCCGACCUGCACAAAAAGCAGAGGAGGAGGAGCACCGCGACCAGAUGCGAUCGGACGGCCGACAAGCAGCAUAGUGAUCGACGCGGACGGUCGGAUGCAAGAGUUGAAGCGACCAACCCAAUCAAAGCACAUCACUUCCCAGAAUCCGAAUCAUUUCCUCUGCAACUCCGAAACCAUGUCCAUCGGCACGUGCUUGACCCACGUGCCCGACGAGGAGGAGCUCCAGGCGGGCCAAAUUUACUUCCUGCUGCCACUGCGUCAGACCCAGAAGCCCCUCUCUCUGCCGGACCUCUGCGAUCUGGCCAUCAAGGCCAGCUCUGCGCUGGCCAGAGACGGUGGUCGCCUAACUUCAGAGCUCAAAUUUCCCUGA